AUGUAUAACCAGCAGCCAUAUGGGGCCCUGGGGAAGGAGUCAGGGAACACGAGUGCGUCUAGAGAGACUGGUGCCUGAGUGGACCAAGUACAGCCAGUCUCGUCGGGUCCCCACAGAUCUGGCAGACUGACUGGUGCAAGUUUUUCUGACCACAGUCUCCGACCUCCGUCAGAAAUGGGGAACUCCUCCCCUGCCCCACGCCUGGCUCGCGGGCUGGGCGUCUGGUUCCCCAGCAGCUCAGCGUCCCAGGGACUCCUGGUACCCCCGGAGCCCCAGGCCGCACCCUCGCCCCUGCCCUUAGAACUGCCCUCGCCAAUGAUGCCCCCUUCAGAGGAGACGGCUGUGGCCGCGGUCUCCACACCAUCCCCACCCCCCGUGGGGACCGUGUUGCCCACGCCGUCUAAGUGGCGAAAACCAACGGGCACUGCGGUGCCUUCGCCACCCCCGCCUCUGACACAAGCCGAAGAGGACCCCGACCCUGUCCGGAGGGCCCCAUCCCUGACUCCGCCAUCCUUGGAGCCGCGAAAGCCGUCACCAUCGCCGCCUUCCGACCAGCAGACCCCGGACCGCAGAAUAAGUCCUGCUCUGGCCACACUUGCCACAACCCCCAUAGAAAACCAGGUCCCUCGCGGCAGCGAGCGCCAGGCAGCCGGCAGGGCCGGAGGAGGAGCGCCUGCCCAAGCAGGCGAGGGUGAAAUGGCCCGGCCUGUGGCUUCCGAGUCCGGCCUGAGUCUGCUGUGUAAAGUCACCUUCAAGUCGGGGCCUCCUUUGCCCCCUGCAGCAGCAUCGAGUUCCUUAGUCGCCAAAGUCUCGCUAGGGGGCGGCGGAGGCAGGGGACUCUUCUCCACUGCCUCGGGCGCCAUCUCUUAUGCCGAGGUCCUGAAGCAAGGGCCCCUGACUCCUGGGGCCACUCGCUCCCCUGGAGAGGUCCCUCGGGUGACCCAGGAAGCUGAGGGCGGUAAUGGAGACGGCGAGGGGUGUUCUGGACCUCCCUCUGUGCCUGCGAACCACGGCCGGGCCCUUCCGCCACCACCCUACACCACCUUCCCAGGCUCGAAGCCCAAAUUUGACUGGGUGAGCCCUCCCGAUGGCCCUGAACGCCACUUCCGCUUCAACGGAGCUGGCGGAGGCAUCGGGGCCCCCAGACGGCGCGCAGCCGCGUUCUCAGGGCCCUGGGGCUCCUUGCAGCCUCCGCCGGGGCAGACGCACCCAGCUCCCGGGCCCCGGAAACCUGCACCCGCCUUGCUUGCGCCGCCUAUGUUCAUCUUCCCAGCGCCCACCAAUGGAGAGCCGGUGCGCCCCAGGCCUCCCGGCCAACCGGAGUUGCUACCGCCCACGCCACCACCCACGCCGCCUCUGGCGCCGCAGCCCAUACCGCAGCCACCAGUUCUCCAGCCAACGCCACUGUUCGCAGCGCUCCCACCAAACCCAGGCUCAGGUCACUUGGAGUCCGCGCAGGCUCCUGCCCCGCCCCUCGCCUUGGAUGCAGACCAGGCUCCAGCCCCAUCCCCGGCUCCAGCUCCCACCAAAGCCGAGCCAUCACCACCUGCGCCCACGCCCGCGCCCGCCAAAACCCGCACACGCAGAAACAAGGGCCCACGCGCUGCCCGGGGUGCGACCCGUGAGGAUGGUGCACCCGGAGAGGGUCCUCGUGAACGGACUGCAGCUACCAUGACUGACAGCGGUGGUGGUGGAGGUGGUGGUGGCGGAGCUCCUCCAGCGGGGACAGCUAACACUGGUGCCCGACGCCACUGGCCGCCUUUCCAGGUGCUUAACUCUUGCCCCUGCAAGUGUUACUGCCGCCACCAGCCACGCCAUCGCCGCCUGCCACGCAACGUGUCUGCCUGGCUGAGCACGCCCACCAACCACCUGAGGGAGCCCUCCUGGGUUGCCACCAUCAAGCUGGCCGGCUCCCUGGUAGCCGGGCUGGAGCACUUCGACUUGCAGGCCACCCAUUCCAACUGAGUGUAGUCUGUUCAACGGCUUCUACUUUCCCCUCCUUGACAAUAAAAUAACCAACAUCCAGA